AUGAUAUUGUCAUUCUUAGCUGAGACUAUUGCCAUUGUUCCCAUAGUUUCACUUCAGUUUGCAAAGAAAAUGAUCAAAGAAAGAAUGGAAUGUGGAUAUCCUGGUAUAACAUACAAGAGGUGCCGGAGAAUUGGAUGCUGUUAUGAUAGGAAGGCUUCUGAUGAACCCAAGUGCUUUCACCCUCCGGUAACUGAUGUGUCCCGACAUUGUGUCAUGGAUAGGAGUGCAAGAAAAGAAUGUGGAUAUCCAGGCAUCACCGCAGAGGAAUGCCAAGAAAGAAGAUGUUGUUUCAAUUCAUAUGUUGCUAGUACACGAUGGUGCUUUCACCCUCUGUCUGACACAGGGCCUCUUAAGCAGUGUGCCAUGGCACCAAGAGACAGGGUUCAAUGUGGGUAUUCUGGCAUCACCGCUGAUGAAUGUUUGGAGAAAGGAUGCUGCUAUGAACACUUCCAGUAUUCCAAAAGUGUCCCCUGGUGCUUUGAGCCUCUAGCAAAGCGGGGCAAUUUUUCAGGAUGAAGAAAUGGAGAGGAAGAAAUAUACGCCAGCUGAAGAAGAGGCUUUGUGGAAUGAAGGUACAGCGAAUUUCUUCCUGAGAGGUUUCUUCCCCUUGCACUCUCAC